GACGAUUCACUAGAAUAAUUACUCUACCGCAAAACGCGCAGCCUGUAGGUAAGAGAAAAAAAACAUGACCCACCAAGGUUUGAAAUAACACAGAAUUUUCGCGAUAAAGCGCUCCACACUGGGAACUUUGAAGGCGCCUAUGGGAUAAUCUUGCGUUAUGGCUGAAUUAGAGGAUGUGAUACCCCGUGACUUGUUCGGUGCGGUAGACUUAGAUGGAAGCGGGUACAUCGACCGAGAGGAAUUAGCCGCAGUCUGCGAUUUGGACGCUCACGAUUUGGCGGAAGUUUUUGAUAGGCUUGAUGCAGACAAGGAUGGAAGAAUAAGCAUCGAGGAAUUCUCAGAAAAUUUUAAAAAGUUCAAGUCUGUGGUGACGGGCGUAAAAAGGAGAAAAUCUGACCGAUCUUCAUCAGUUGAUGUUGACUACGAGGACUUGACAGACCGACUGGGACAGCAGUUUAGUCUACUAAGUGGCCAAGAGUAUGUGUCUGAUUUGUUCCACUACCUGCAUAACUCAAGUGAAUCACCACAGCUCGUAGCUUUACUGGAAAGUUUUCUGUUCAGUGUUGUUAGAGAUGUCAAACAUUAUUCCUCUGAGAAUCAACGACUGGAAGAGGCCCUCAAGAGGACAUGUGAAAAACACUCAGAACAUAUGGACCAACUUGAUAAUGAGCUUGAACAACAGAUGCAAAGACUGGAGUCCCGCAUCAGAAAGGAGGAAAAAAGCAAACAAGAGAGGUCCAACCUGGAUAUUGUCUGGCAACUGGAAAAUAAAAAUAAAGAGAUACAAACUUUAACAGCCAGAGUACAAAAGCUUGAAGGAAAGCUGAAGAAAAAGGAACCUGAGGAGCAAAAGAUCAAGGAGGAAGUAGAUGAUAAAGUUCAAGAAAUAAGGUUCCUGCGAAGUCAGUUAACAGAUGCUCAGACUAACUUAGCUAUCCUGCGAAGUGAACUUGCCCAGCUAAGAAAUGAUUAUGAAGAACAGGAAUCACAGCUUACUGCGGAGAAGAGAACUGUGAUGGAAUGUGUACAAGAACAAGAAAGUUUGACAAGGCAGCUUCAGUUAUUACAUGAGGCAAACAAAAAACUUCAUGAUACAAAUGAUGACUUGAGGGCAGCUUUGGAGGCAAGAAAAAAUAGCGACAAAAGAAGCCCAUCACCGAGCAAGAGGCAUUCAAUAUCAACAUUGUACUCUCCUACAUCAAGCACAACAUGGAAAAACAACAAAUCACCCAGUCACAGCAGGUGUUCUUCAGGAUUUGCAGAGGACUUUGGAGCAGACAGUGUGGAUGGAAAAUCUGUGCAAAGUACUCCGUCACAAAAUGUAGCAUCAUCUUUACCUAACAGCAUCAGUAAUUCUCGGCGGGGAUCUACUGCUUUGCUGCCCAGUCAGCAAAGCUGUGAGGUUGAUGAUGAUUCUCUUGCUGGUGAAAGCUCACUAAUGACUGAGUUAAUGCAGGUUCAGCAGCUCACAGUUCCUGAAGAUAUUCCUGAAGAAGAAACUAAAUCCACACAGCAGUUAGACUAUAACAACAAUGCAGGCAUACUUAACAGCCGGGAAACCGGCCAGGUACAUCACUUGUUACCUCCUGCAAGGCAAUCAUGUGAAGUGGAUGAUCAUGUUUCACUUGAAGACAAGUCCUUGCUUGAUGAACCUGUCAUUUUGGGGUUUUGUUCUAUGAAUUUUCAUAGAGACUUAGAAGAUGAGGAUGAAGCAUACAAUUCAUUGAGGUCAUCUGAGAGGAAAUCAUUCUCCAAGCAGCUGGAUAUUUUACAGGAAACCAAUAAAAGACUAUGUGACAGCAAUGAUGACUUGCGUGCAGCUCUUGAGGCGUUGACAGGAAGAAGGUCAUUAAAGUUAUCUAAGGCGCGAAGAAGUGGUGAGAAAUGUCAUAGGAAUCCCAGCAUUCAUAGUGAUUAUGGCUCCAUUUCCAGUCGCAGUAUUACUCCCAACCAUCUGCAGGGACCAAAAUCGGAGGAUGAUGUUGCCGAUGGCGCUGAAGCUGAAGAACCUGGCGAGUUGUCUGGAUACGAACCCGAGUCUGACGUGAACACCAUGACGGUAAACGCUCGGCAUUUUGAAGAGGCUCCUAAGUUAUCCAAACUGACGGCCACCCCGCAUGAGCGUCACGUGGUACUUAAGGAACCCACUAGUGAUGUAAUGUGGGAAAGUGACUCAGAGAGCGACCCAGUCCCCGCCCAACCAACACUACACCAACAUGAACAACAGCAACAAGAACACCUGACGGCAAACGUUGAAACAAACGCAAACAAUAUCACACACUCUCCGUUUGUUCGAAAUAGUCUUACGAGAAAACCUUGUAGACAUAAAAGUCUUGAACAGUUAUUCAAUCAGUCAAACAGUAAAGGCGACCGAUCGGCCUGGCCGCCAAUAGCUCGAGCUGGUAAAUGGAACAGUAUGGAACAAGUGAAGAAAAGAAACGAUUUUAUUGGAGAGCGUACACGAUCACUACCCACUUCACGCUGGCAAAGCGACGAAAGAGUAAACCUAGGACAAGGGAUAGGCCUUUGGCAGCUCUCUGAAAAGCUUAACGUUUUGCGCGCCAGUAGGGAAAGUGUGGCGGAGCUAAAAAAUGAUGACUAUAAAGUAAAUGUUAUUGCUGCUUCUCACGAACCUGUCAUACAGAACUUCAAUACUGAUAAUCAAACAAUUUUUCAUGAUGAUUUAAGUCAGUUAGUAAGAAAGCCUUCCCUGAGGCAAAGGAUAUUCCACGACAAAAAGAUCGCCGAAACGCCUGAGGAUGAAAGUACGCCGAUCCCGGGUGACUUUGCCGGAGGCUCUAGCUUAAAAAGGAGAAAUUCGCUGGUAAUAAAACGCAACAGAACCAAGACGGACUCUCUUCCUGAAUCUGAUAACAGCAAGCCUGAUACAUUCAGCGCAGAACUUGAAGCUCAGUUUAAAAGUGUAAUCGAAGAAGAUGAUGAAGACAUUGAUGAAGAUGACGUAGGAGACGAGGAAUUAGCUCAGUUAGUUGCCAUGGCAAGAGCUAAUACAGAGUCUGAAGAUGAUAGUGAGACGGAAGCAGAAGCGCCCGAGGGGGAGAGGGGUGCAGCUGUUGGUUCAGACUCUUUGUCUGAGGCAUCCUCAAAUACGCCACUGCAUGCAUCAGUAGCAGAGAGUAAUGUUCCAGAGCGCAUGUAUAAACUGGUUUUAGCGGGAGACGCGGCAGUUGGCAAAUCAAGCUUCAUACUCAGACUCUGUAGGAACAGAUUCCACAGCGCGCUGAAUUCCACGCUCGGCGUGGAUUUUCAGAUGAAAACGCUGGUUGUGGAUGACAAAACCAUUGCAUUUCAAUUAUGGGAUACUGCUGGCCAAGAAAGGUUCCGAAGUAUCGCCAAGUCUUACUUCCGCAAAGCUGACGGUGUGUUAUUGCUCUAUGACGUCACUUGUGAAACAUCCUUCAUUAAUGUUCGUGAUUGGGUGGAAGCUAUAGAGGAAAGCACAUCCAAACCGAUUCCCAUCAUGCUGUGUGGUAACAAGACUGAUUUGCGCCAGUCGUAUAUUGCUGAAGGAAAGACCGUUAUAACAGAGGAAAAUGGGGAGAAAUUAGCAAGAGAAUAUGGUGCUCUGUUCACCGAAACAAGUUCAAAAGAAAACAAGAAUAUAACAGAUGCUUGUAUUGAGCUGGGAAGAUUGCUAAGGAAAAUUGAGGAUACAGAAGUGGAACAAAGCAAUGGGUUGACAUUGAAAGAAGGGGACGAGAAAAGCAAGAAGAAAUCCUGUUGCCUCACAUAGCCAGUGCAUGGAUUGGCAGCGAAACCACCGCGACCGAGAUAUGUCAAUAUGAAGAAACUUUGAAUUUUAUUUAUUUCAUAUUGUUAGCUUUUCAAAGAAGCCAUACAAUAUAUUGAACCGUGUCUUACCUGUGAGAUAAUUAGUUUUAAAGCAUAUAUCGUCGUUAAUGUGCACUGUAAAUAACUCGUAUUUAAAAGAAUUUGAAUUGGAAUUUUUUUAAUGUGCAAUGGAAUGACGUCUUAUCAUACCAUGUAUGUAAAAAAUUAUCAACAUUUUUUCUUAGCAUCAAUAUUAACUUAUUUGAAUCACGUCUCAUUGUAGUGAAAUGAGUAAUAUAGGAUUAAUAGUAUAGCCAGCAUCACGAUAUUGUCAUUUUUUAGCAGGAAAUAUUUUGUAAAUAUUUAUGACGUUACAUACAAAUACCCAAUUGUUUUCUGAUUUUCCCAUUUUUUACGCCUGUCUUGUUUUCCAUACAGUUGCAUAAACUGUGAGGAAUGAAUGUGAAGCUUAUGUGAGAAAAGAAAAUAGGACGUGUUCAAUUCAGUACAACUCGUUCAAAACGGUUGACAACGACUGCAGUUGAUUGUAAUUGCUAUUUGUGGAGUGUACACUCUGAGCAGUCCCUACUUCUCGGUGAGGCAUUCGCGCGAGUCAAAAAUAACUCAUUGAAGAAGAAAAAAAAAAAUGCCAGCGAGCCGCGCGAAACUCUGGGAGUGAGACGCACGAAAAGUAAGGACGCCACUUUUUUUUACCGCCUCACUCCCAGAGUUCCGCGCGGCGCACCAACAGCAAUAGUUCUUCUCCCGAUUUUUUUCUUUUGACUCGUACGACGGACCUCGCCCGAAAAGAAAGUACUUAGAGUACCUAGCAAAGUUUGGUUUACAACUUUACCCACUCAGCAACAUUCCAUAGUAGGACGCAACUUUGCUUUUCUGUAUUCGUUUCAUAUUACGUUAUGUUCGAGUUGUGCCGAGGAAACGCGUUUGGCAAAGGAAGCUGGUAUUCCUGUAGUUAAAACAGGCUAUUGAACAUGGUGGCACGUUGCCGUAGUUACUCAUACGUUUGUACUUUUACAAGUUUUUAUUUAAGCACAUUGAAUGGUCGUUCGCGUCGGUAGUCGAUAAAAAUCGUAAUUAUUACUAUUUUGUACAUAAAUUUUAUGGUCGCCAUGCAUUAAACGACUCAGAACUAUGAAA